ACUAUCACUAUCAAACCUUUAAUUUUGUGCAGCAUAUCAUUUUCGAAAUUGAUGGGACACUCAAAUCAUAGUAAUGACUAAUGAUUAGCUUUCAAUUUCAAAGCUUUGAUUUUGAUUUGAGUUGGAGCAUUAACAAUCAAUUCCAAGCGUGUCAGUAGUGUCAGAGGGGGCCAAGGACUUAUGGGUCAAUUUCCACUAUUCAUUUUUCUUCACAGUUUGGCUUUACCAAUAUCAGAGAGAGAGAGAGAGAGAGAGAGAGAGAGAGAGAAAGAGAGGUGCCGAACCCAGUGGGAGAAGGAAAAGGAGGAAGAGGAGGAAUUAACAACAAAAAAAAACACUUUUGAAAAUUUUACAGAGAGAGAAGAAAAUCAUUUGCUCAAGCUCAGCUGUCAGAUCAGGUCUAAAGUGCAAAAAUUAUGUGCCAAAUGAAUUCCAAGGGCAUAUUCAAGGAGAUGAUGGGCGCAACAAAUGACAGUGAGAAAAGAAAAAUAUCCAAGGGUCGCCGAGAUUUGGCAUCAAUUCAAGAAGCUUGCGCUGGAGGAAGCUUGGGAGUAGGGGGUGGUUUGAAGAAAGGCCCAUGGACAUCAGCAGAAGAUGCAAUUUUGGUGGAAUAUGUUAAAAAGCAUGGAGAGGGGAACUGGAAUGCUGUCCAGAAGCACUCAGGACUUUCCCGGUGUGGAAAAAGCUGCCGUCUAAGAUGGGCAAAUCAUUUAAGACCAGAUUUAAAGAAGGGUGGGUUCAAUCCAGAGGAAGAGCGCCGUAUCAUUGAACUCCAUGCUAUGAUGGGAAACAAAUGGGCUCGAAUGGCUGCAGAGUUGCCUGGACGUACUGAUAAUGAGAUAAAGAAUUACUGGAAUACAAGGAUUAAGAGACUGCAACGAGCUGGUGCACCAAUUUAUCCACCUGAAGUGUGUUUACAAGUAUUGAAUGGGAGUCGAGACAACCAAAAGAGUACUUUGCCAAUGGGGGACGCACACCAUCAUGAUCACUUGCAGGGAGAUGAUUUGGAGAUUCCAGACGUGAAAUUCAAAGAUUUGGAUCUUGAUCAUGAGUAUCUCUCUUAUUCGCCAAAACUUCUUGAUAUUCCUGCAAGCAGCUUGCUCAAACAAGGUAUUGGUUCAUCCUGUCCAUAUAACUUCAAGAUCCCAACAAUUUAUCCCUUCAAACGCCUCCGAGAGUCAGAGACCAUGUUCCCUGGUCUGGAUGUUAGUGUCAGUGGUGCUCUUCCAGUAUUCAAUCACUACAUGGAUAAUACUUAUGAGAAUGUUGCUGAACCCUUUAACUUGCCUUAUAUAACUUUUCCUGAUCAUAACACCAAUGACCAGUUACCAUCAGGUGUUCUUCCUGGCAGCCAUGCCCUUUUAAAUGGCAAUUCUUCUUCUUCCAAGCCCAUAUCUGAGGCUAUGAAGUUGGAGCUCCCUUCACUCCAAUAUUCAGAAACUCAACCUUGCAGCUGGGGCACCCCUGCUUCCCCACUGCCUUCACUUGAGUCUGUUGAUAGUUUGAUCCAGUCUCCUCCAACAGAGCAGACUCAUUCAGAUUGUCUUUCACCAAGGAGCAGUGGUUUGUUGGAAGCCAUACUCUAUGAGUCGCAGACUUUAAAAGGCUUAAAGAACUCACCCCAGCAAACAUCAGACACUUCUGUCAUGCCAGCGGAUGUGGUGGAAAGUUCGCCCAUGAAUCCCUGUAAGACAAAAUGGGAGGCACAUGGUGAGCCAAAUUCACCUCUAGGUCAUUCUGCUGCAUCAGUAUUCAGUGAAUAUACUCCUCUAAGUGGAAGCUCCAUGGACGAAUACCAAUCAGUUGAAACUGUGCUGGGGUGCAGUAGUAUGCCUGAAACAGUCAAUCAGGAUCAAACCCAUUAUGUCAUUAAGAAAGAAAUUUCAACUCAGGGAGACUUUACCAGGCCUGAUGCUUUACUUGACCUGGGUUGGUUUGGGCAUAUUAAUGAGCAUGGUAAGGAUCAGUCCACUCUUACAGAUGCCAUAGGGGCACUUCUUGGUGAAGAAUAUAGCAAUGGCUACUAGCAAAUUGGUGCUGUGACUAUUGCAUAUAUUAAGAAUGGAUGUGACUUUGCUAUUGCGCAUGAGAGAACUCUUCUUGACUACUAUAAACUUUUUGAAGAUUAUUGAAAUCUUCCUGGAACGUUAGUCAUCUUUGAAACUAUUUGUUAUAAUUGAUAGGGAGUUUAUUCUCAAACUUUAUGCUGUUGGUGGAAAGUUUUUAUGGUAUUGUUGUUCCUUUGCACAUUAUGGUUGUUGGUUGGUUGUACUUUGGUGCUGAACUUGGAAGACAAGGUUUUAGUAAUAAUAUAAUGCACAUGUUCUACCCAA